GAGAGAGAGCGAGCAGGAGGUGUUGGGGGUGGGGACAUGGUGGAACGUAGGGUGCCGACUCAUCCGCUGUCCCUCAUCGCUCCAGUGCCACUACUGUCUCACUUUCUGAGACGCGCGCGGCUCGAAUGUGACACCCGGAUCAGCCGGCCCGCUCCCUCCCUCCCUCCCCCGUUCUCGGUUCUCCCUGGCCAGUCCUCCCCCGGCUCCAGGUGCAGAGCGCACGUCGGCCGAGUGAUGCGGACUCUCAUCCCCGGCGCAAAGACAGCGGAGCGCGGAGCUGCCGCCGCGAGUCACGCCGGCACUAGGUGAAGCCAGAGGACCCCCAUUGGUUUUUCUCUCGGAUACCACACGCGAGGAUAUACUUGCCCCCCACCCCACCCCCCGCUUCUUCUUUGGUUUGUUUUUUGAGGAGUCUGUUCAAUGCGCAACCAUGCUCAUCGUCUCGUCUCGCAGCGCGCUGCUGUCCGUCUACUACCCGCAGAUCUUCCUCAUCCUCACCAGCGGUAGCUACCUGGCACUGUCCUCCGUGGUCGCUCUGGGUGCCAACAUCAUCUGCAACAAGAUCCCCGGACUGGCCCCCCGUCAGAGAGCCCUCUGUCAGAGUCGCCCCGACGCCAUCAUCAUCAUCGGCGAAGGCGCCCAGCUGGGCAUCAACGAGUGCCAGUACCAGUUCCGCUACGGCCGGUGGAACUGCUCGGCGCUGGGGGAGAGGACCGUCUUCGGACAAGAGCUGAGAGUAGGCAGCAGGGAGGCCGCGUUCACGUACGCCAUCACCGCGGCCGGCGUCGCCCACGCUGUGACGUCGGCCUGCAGCCAGGGGAACCUGAGCCAGUGCGGCUGCGACCGCGACAAGCAGGGCUACCACGACCGGGAAGAGGGCUGGAAGUGGGGAGGCUGUUCGGCCGACGUCAAGUACGGCGUGGAGUUCUCGCGGCGCUUCGUGGACGCCCGUGAGAUCAAGAAGAACGCCCGGCGGCUGAUGAACCUGCACAACAAUGAGGCAGGAAGGAAGAUCCUAGAGGAGAGGAUGAAGCUGGAGUGCAAGUGUCACGGCGUGUCCGGCUCGUGCACCACCAAGACCUGCUGGAUCACCCUGCCCACGUUCAGGGAGAUCGGCCACCUGCUGAAGGAUCGCUACGGCAACGCGGUCCAAGUGGAGCCGGUGCGGGCCUCGCGGCUCCGCCAGCCGUCGUUCCUGCGCGUCAAGGAGGCCCGCGGGUACCAGAAGCCCGCGGACACGGAGCUGGUCUACCUGGAGCGCUCGCCCAACUACUGCGAGGAGGACACGGCCACGGGCAGCACGGGGACGCGGGGCAGGGCGUGCAACGGCACCUCGGCGCACGCCGGCGGCUGCGGCGCCAUGUGCUGCGGCCGGGGCUUCGACACGCGCCACUACACGCGCGUCCGCCAGUGCAACUGCAAGUUCCACUGGUGCUGCUUCGUCAAGUGCAACACCUGCAGCGAGAGGUCAGAGGUGUUCACCUGCAAGUAGGGACGGACAGGGUGGAAGGUACGAGAGGCCAAGUUUGAAAGACUUGGAGGUAUUUAUUCAACAUUUUGCACAGUUUGACAUGAACUAUUUGGAAUCCUUAAAUAUACAGACCUUAAAAGCAACAGGGGCCGUUGCUGGACCUUUUUAUAUAAGAAGGAAACGGAAGAGCACGGUGACUAACCUGGACUGAAAUAAAAAGACGACUGGAAGAGUGAACAAUGUCAGUGUAAUCCGUUUAACUGUAUGCUCACACUGUAUCCUGUUUGAACACUGAAAAUAAAACCAAACUAUUUAUCUAAAAA